UCUUGUGCAACCAGACACAAAACAACGGACGACGAGCGAUCGCGCGCGGUUGUCAGAUAAAGAGUCGAGUGUAAAUUCAAGCAUUGGUAGGCCCACCCUCUUCAUUUGGCGUGGUAGUUUUUCUCAAAAUGACGGCUUCAAGCACAUCUAGAAUCCGUAUUCCCAGAUCCCAUAUGUUAUCAUCAUGGGUACUUUGUGCAUUAGGAAUUGUGCUCUCUGUUUAUGCACUGUACGUAGAAACAUCAAAGGAAUCGAACCCUGAUUUUACGGCGAUGUGUGACAUUGGUCAAAGCGUUAGCUGUUCCAAAGUGUUUACAUCUAGGUACGGAAGAGGGUUUGGAAUUAUUGGGCGAGUUCUAGGAGAACAUCAUAUAUUGAAUCAACCUAACAGCAUAUUUGGUAUUCUUUUCUACUUUCUUCAAGUUUUAAUUGGUCAGAUUCACACAUUGUCUGCCUGUAACUUCCUGAUCAUGACUUCCAUCCUGGCCAAUCUUGGCUCUGUCUAUCUCGGCUACAUCCUCUACUUCAUCUUAGAAGAUGCUUGCAUCGUUUGUAUCUCAACCUACAUCGUCAAUGCCCUGUUGCUAGGCGUCAACAUUCUCAAGUGGACAUACUUAAAGAGGAACCUUUCAAAAAAGAAAGAAUGAAGAUAUUGUGUGACAGUUACAAUCCUUGGUAGACUUCACCUAGCCCUCUGAUGAGAUUACCCCCCCCCCCCCGACUGCAGCAUUGGAGGGGUAUAGACCGUAUUGAAUAUGAUGUCACCAUUCAAAUAUCUGACCUACAAGAUGGCAUCUGUGAGUGUGUGCGUGCAAGUGUGCGUGCAUGUGCCGUAUAAAUCAAACCGAUAAGCUGCGCUCUGGGUGCUUUUCUGAUGUACGCGUUUGGACGCCUAGACAUGUACAGUUCUCCCUACAAGAUGGCGACUUUCAUAGCAAAGUAGGGGUUAUUCAAUAUGGUCUAUUGUUGUCAGGACCUUAGCUGGGCCCAAAUUUAUGGCUCUACUUACACUGUAGGGAAUUCCAAGCCAAGAAUGGUGAUCGCAAGCGUAGAAUUCGGUGGUAAGCAGAGCCCUGAAAUUUGGCCCAGAUCUGUGGCUGUACAUGGAAUUAUGAACAGUGCAAUAAUGACAGCGCCUUUUUUUGAUGUGACAGUCAACAUGUGCGCAGGAAUAUAGUUACAGGUCAUUAAUCUAUAAACAUCCUAAGGCCUGCACUGCACUCCCAGUUAAUGGUGCAUACACAAUUAUUCGGAAUCCCCAUAUUUUAUAAUCUAUGAAUAUAUAUAAAAAUUGAAAUAAUCCUGUGUAUAUAAAGAAUGUUUUAAAAUGAGAAAGGAUUUUUCUAUCUUUCGAUCGUAGAUAUUAAAUGUUUUCCCAAAAGAUCCUUUGUAGCGGUCCCAAGAAGUGCCCCCAGAGUUCUGUCUAGCUACGUAACCUUUUUAAGACAAAUUAAGUUCUUUAAAGCAAAGUUACUUCAUACUUAAGACAUACUUGUAGGAGGUUGUGUUUUUCUUUAAAAAUCUCCAAGUAUUCUUAAAGAAGUGUAGUUUUUUGUUUUUAUAAAGGACCAGACAACCUUCCUCGGGCUCAUUUUAUGAAUCAAAUGAAAAAUAAUAGUUUAUAACAUAAUUAUUAAUGACAUAAGGGGAUUUUAUUGUAGCAAUGUAUGUACAAAAUAAACACAUUUACUGCCUUUAUUUAAAAUCAUACUUUCUUUUUUUAAAGUUUUACUCCACAGUUUUGUUUUUGGAACAAAGCAACCAAAGAAAAAUAAUGCUUUUCUUGUUCUCAUUUCAGCAAUAAUAUAUUGUUUUCAAUAAUGUGCAAUUCACUGCUUGAUUCAAUCACAAUUCAUAACUUUUAGGGUCUGUGAGACGAGUUUUUACAGACCAUUUUUACAAGAGCCACAAAGCAUGGUACUCACCCAAGCACAAAAUUGUACACAGCCUAAUUGAAGAACGGAUUCAUCUUGCAUUUGAUAGAGAUCGCACCAUACAAUUUGUAUCAACGACUGUGAUGAAGAAAGGGGCACUACAAAAAAAAUGUAACAAUGGCUAAUGUUAUACUUAUAUAAUUCAGAAAAUAGAAUUAGCUUUUCUCAAACUGCUUACCAGUCAAUAACAAAUUGUGGUAUAAAAUGAUUUGUUUUUAAAACUCUUUAAUUUAUGUGAUACGUGUUAAAUCAAAUACAAUCUUUCCAAUAUAUGACCAGUGCAGUAUCUUGGCUGCAAGGAAGUGUCCUGGAUGAACAAGAUCACUCCUUUGUGGUAGGCCUACAGUAUCUGUUGCAUUUUCAUCAAUGCGGUCUUUAGAAACACACACAAGUCGGGUAACAUUUAUACCUUAUGUAAUUAUGCUAUUAACAUAUAACAUAACAUAACAUAACAUAACAUAACAAUUAACAUUUAUAAUGCGCUAUUCCAUCAAGAUCAUAGCGCACUAGAAAUAAAUUAACUUGGAAAACGGUGAGUCUUAAGGACUUUACGAAAAGCAGAUAGAGUAUUAGAUUCCCUAAUGGCAGUUGGGAGAUUGUUCCAAAUCAUGGACGCAGCCACACUGAAAGCCUUCCGACUUAGAACUUUGUUUGCUCAGGGAACAUUCAAGCGAGUGAUGUCAAGUGUGGACCGAAGAAAUCGCGGAGGAGUGUAAUGUGACAGUAAAGUGUUAAUAUAAUGAGGUGUAGUUUUGUUAAAGCAUUUAAAUACAAGAAGAGCAAUCUUGAAAUGGAUUCGUUCUCUAAUUGUUAGCCAAUGAAGUUCCCUAAGUGAUGAAGUAAUAUGUUCUCUCAAGGGUGUGGAACAUAUUAAACGAGCUGCCUUAUUUUGAUCUUUGAACUAUUGUAGAGAAAAAUAGUUAACGGUGU